GUUAUUUUAUUUUUGUUAACUUUCACUUUGUCAGUUUUCGUGGUAGAAAUUUUGUUAAAGUUUAGCGAGACUUUAAUAAAAUAUAUUUUUAAUUUAAUUGUUUAAAAAUAUUUGAUCAAAAUACGUGUAUUUAUAAAACGUGGCGCAGGCGCAUGCGCAUUAAAAUUUAUUUGGUACGUGUGAAAUUAGUACGCCCUAUAAGGAGGAAAGCGAAAGCGUAAAAAUUUACGAUGACCUCCAAAUAUGAGCGAAUCAAAAGCGAAUGUAGAGCAAAAGGUGCUUUGUGGGAAGAUCCAGAUUUUGCAGCUGUGCAAUCCUCAGUUUUCUAUUAUCAAACGCCCCCGUUCACAUUUCAAUGGAGAAGAAUUUCAGAAUUUGCAGAAGCGCAAGCAUGUUUCGUAAAUGAGGGUGAAAAUUUUGAUGUUAUACCAGGAAAAAUGGGUGAUCGUUGGCUUGUUUCGUGCUUAGGGGUUCUACAUUCAUUACGAAAUUUAUUUUAUCGUGUCGUACCAGCGGAUCAGAGCUUAGAUAAAGCACACGGUAUUUUCCGCUUCAGAUUGUGGUGGUGUGGCGAAUGGGUUGAGGUUUUAGUAGAUGAUCGCUUACCAACAAUAAAUGGUAGAUUAGCAUUUCUGCAGCCACAAACAUCACACUGUUAUUGGGCGUCAUUGCUGGAGAAAGCUAUAGCUAAACUGCAUGGAUCAUAUGAAGCACUGAAAUAUGGUACACGCUCCGAUGGUUUAAGCGAUCUCUUGGGUGGUGUCGUUGAAUGUAUACCAUUAAAAUCGAAUAAUGCUAAUGAGAUGUUUCGACCACAGCAAAUUAAAACCCACUUAGACACAACAUGCAUUGUUACCUGCAUUGCUGCAACUGGUACAGCGUCACAGCAUAAAAAUACACCUGAUAGAUUACCGAAUGGAAUCUCGCUCAAUGUCAAUUACAGAAUGUGUUCACUGGACAAAGUUGAAACCUUACUUGGUGAUGCUGUGCAGUUGGUGCGACUUAAAGAUCCACUAUCUUGUAAUGCUUUUGAUAAUAGUGCUGGUUUUGAAGGCGAUUGGUCAGCAAUGUCUCAAGCCUGGGAACGUGUUUCUGUACAAGAACGCGAUCGCUUAUUUGGUCAGUUAGAUGUUGGAGAAUUCUGGAUGUCAUUCUUGGAAUUUACACAAACUUUUUCAAGUCUUGAAUGCAUAUAUUUAGAUGCAGAUACUGCUAAAGAUGAAAUAACUUUACAAGAUCGUCCAAAGCGUUGGCAAAUGAAAAUGUUUCAAGGACAUUGGAAACGUGGUGUAACGGCUGGCGGUUGUCGUAAUCAUGAAUCAUUUCAUAUCAAUCCACAAUUACUAUUGAGUAUACAGGAAAAGCAGGAUGUUGUAUUAGCACUUAACCAGCACACAGCUGUUGAACCCAAAGUAAUUGGAUUUACGAUGUACAAAUUAAGUCCACUAACCGGCAGUAAAAAUAAAUUCAGUGAGUGCUUACCUAAAGAAUUUUUUAAAACACAGGUUAGUUUUCUAAAUUCGGACUAUGGCAAUACACGUCAUGUAAGUUAUCGGUGUCAACUGGAAGUGGGACAAUAUGUAUUAAUGCCAACUACGUAUGAACCAGGUGAAGAGUCAGCUUUCACAAUACGUAUUUUGGGUAUUGCGCCACUGCGUCUAUCGCUGCUAGAGACGCAAACCUUAAUGCUACUUGAUCCAUUUCCAGCGCUUAAAAAUGAAGCAGAUACAACAAAGAUCAAAAAUGUCUGUCAAUACGAACCUGUCUUCAUGCAACUGGCAGAUGAAAAUAAGACGAUAAAUUGCUUUGAAUUACAUGAACUGCUGGAAGCAUGUCUACCGAAUGAUUAUAUUAAAGGUUGCGCAAAUUUGGACAUAUGUCGACAGGUUAUAGCACUGCAAGACAAAACUGGCAGUGGACGUAUUAAUUUCUUGCAAUUCAAGACGUUUAUGGUGAAUUUAAAAUCAUGGCAAGGUGUGUUUAAGAUUUAUACCAAGGAGAAGGCUGGCAUUUUGCGUGCUGAACGUCUACGUGAUGCUCUAUACGAUGUAGGAUUUCAGUUAAGCACUGAUAUUAUGAACUGUCUGAUGCAUCGGUUCAUACGAAAAGACGGCACUUUGCGUUUGAGUGAUUUUGCACUGGCGGUACUGCAUCUAACGGCGGCAUUCGAUUUCUUUCAACGCAAAGAUCACAAUCAAGAUAAUGUCAUCGAAAUUGAAAUGUCUGAAUGGAUAAAAAGUGUUUUACGGUGCUAAUAAUCAUUACUGAAUUCAGAUAAGGUAACAAUUGAAUUACAAUUGAAAACUAUUUAAAUUUUUUUUACAAAAAAUCUGGUUUAGUAAUAUAGUUUGGUCCAAGUGCUAGCAAACACUUGUCUUUUGUGUUCAUUUAGUUUGUCUAAACAAAGUGUAACGUAUGUGUAGGAGUAAAAAAUGUAGUGUAAUUUAAAUAGUCGUCAAAGCCAGUAAAUGCCUAAACACAUUCCAAAUGCACAUGCAGUCAGUAGUACAUGCAAUUCGACUUCAUUUUGCAAUGCCUCAAUGCAUUUUGAGAUCGCUUUUAAGUGCAUUUUUGGUUUUGAUUUUGCAAAUGCUUUUUUCGUAAGUACAAAGUACUUUAAAAAUAAUUUUCUGUUAUUAACUAAGCGUUUAUAUUACUAAUUAUGUAUUUUUUUUUCUUAAUUUAUGAGAUUAUUUAUUGCAAACAUUGUUGACUAACGAUUUUUGUUGAUUUUUCAUUUUAUUUUAA